UCUUAAUCAAGUUUAAUCUUAAUCCCAACCUAAACUUAAUUCUAACUCUAUCCAUAAUCCUAAUUGUGACGUCAUUAAUAUGGAAGUCACCUGAAUAUACCGGAAGCGAAAGUAAUCUGUGCGUAGUCGUAGUCGUUCAUACUUGUUGAAUAUUCAUCGUUCAGUUUAUAUCAAACAUCUAAACAAUGCCUUGGACUCCAACUCAACAGCACAGACUUGCAGUUGAAAAAGAGAUCUUAGAUCGAUAUUUUCCUGGAAAAGUACAAUGGAUUGAUCCCACAGUUGAAGGCAGAACCAGAAUCGAGAUCGAAAUGACCAGCAACAGUAACCAAGUUUAUCGUCUCCGUGCCUAUGUACCGCCUGACUACCCUAACAGUCUCCCUGAGUUGGUCGUCGCUGGCUCACCAAGACCAAUGCCAAACUGGGGUGCAAGUGGUAGUACCCAUACAUUGGGAAGAAAGGAUGGCUGCCUGAAGAUUUGUCAUUAUUAUGCACCGCGCUGGAGGCCGGAACAUACAUUUUACGAGAUCUUCGUCAAGGGUCGUGUUUGGCUAGAAGCGUACGAAGGACAUUUACAGGCCGGGAAUAAUCUGGAUUAUUAUCUUGGACAUAUGAACUAAGGAUGGAGUACAUAUAUGAUUAUGAUGUAUUAAAUCAUAUGGGCACAGCCGAACACUUAACUAUAGUGUUAGCUAACAUUUACUAUCAGGCUUCUCUUGUGGGUUUUAGUUGGCAUUAAUAGCGGUUAAACAAAAAAUAUAUAUCUGACUGUUCCAUGUGUAUAUCUCUAAAUUUCAAAUAGAACGAUCUCAAAAUUAUAUAUGUAUAGUAUGUUGUUAUAUUUAAUAUGUCCUGUAUUCAUAUAUUGCAUUAUUUCAAUUUGCUUUCACGCUAUCUUUUAGAUUU